CCAGACAUAAAAAGGUCGGGCUGGCUGGAAAAACCAUCACCUCUGCUGUGUGGUGGACUCAGAGCACCAACGCCAUGGCCAGCCCCAGUCUCGCUUGCUGCCUGCUUUGCCUAGUGGCUCUGGCCUCUGCCUGCUACAUCCAGAACUGUCCCCUGGGCGGCAAGAGGGCUGCACUGGACAUGGACAUUCGCAAGUGCCUCUCCUGUGGACCUGGUGGCAAAGGGAACUGCUUCGGACCAAACAUCUGCUGCAUCAACGGGCUGGGCUGCUUCAUCGGUACCCCGGAGACUCUGCACUGCCAGGAGGAGAAACACCUGCCCACACCCUGCCAGUCCGGUGGGAAGCAGUGCGGGACCUGGGGCCGCUGUGCCACCCGGGACAUCUGCUGUACACUGAAUGAUUGCUACGUGGACCCUGCCUGCCACCCUCCUGAGUCUGCCUUCUCUGAGAGCUGAGCCCACUGGCGAUACCUUUAGACUGCAUCCUUCACUUCCCAUGGCCAUCGCCAGAAAGAAUGACAAAUAAAGCAGAUUUCCUCUUCAAA